AUGCACUUACGUUGUAAUGAAAUAAAGAUAGUCUCAAAGUAUUUUAAAGAUAUUAAUGAUCUUAUUAAUUUAGAAAUGGGAGUUAAAAGAUUUAGAGGAAAUAUGGAACGAUUUCAUUUUAAUCCAAUUCCAUUGAAUCAACAUUCAAGAAAAUUGUUUCCUAAUAUUGAAACAUUUCAUAUUUAUAAUAAAGAAAAUGAAAUAUUUGAAGAUGGAAGAAUAAUUAAACAAAUAAUAUGGUAUGAUGUGAGUUAUUCAAGAUAUUUAGAAGAGAAAAAAGAAAUGAAUGAAUGUAAAAAUAUCGAAUAUACAGAAGAAGAUAGAAAUAAAUAUGGAAAUACAAUACCAAUAGAAGUUAAAUCACUUGGAAAUAGAUGUUUUAGAUGGUGUGGUGAUAUUAACACCAAUUAA